AUGAAUAUCCACAAUUGUAAAAGCGGUGCCAAGCUGGGAAUAGGUCAGACCCAGACUCAUAAAAUGCAUUCUGCUAAAGGCGGUGCUGUUGAUAGGCUCAUAUUUGUUAAGAGUCUCUACAUAAGUAGGACAAAAGAGAAAUUGGAUGAUUUGUUUGAGGGUUAUAUGAAUUUACUAUACUCCAAAGAUAUAAACUUAUUUGAAAGCAUAUUAAAGGAAUACUUUUUCUUGUGGCUUUAUCACUAUGAGGAAGCAUAUAAAUUAAAAGUUCUCUCACUGCUGAAGUUGCUCUUAUGGAUACCUCAUAUUUCAAAGGACGGGUUAAGAGGAAAUUCUCUUACGUUUCAACAGAUCGUAGCUAUUACAUUGGCGAUUAUUGUGCGAUUAUUGUGCUUCACAUCGCUUUUUGAUAGUUACUAG